AUGGGCCUAGCAGAGCACACCAGCAGGGUUGUGUCCGAGUUCGAGUUUUCGGACGAGGACCUCAAUCGCCAUGUCCAAGAAUAUUUGAAGCAGACCAGCGAGGGAUUAAAAGCAGAUGGAACCAGUCUCAGUCAGAUUCCCUCCUACGUAACUGCUGUACCAGACGGCACAGAGCGAGGCAUUUACCUAGCUGUUGACUUGGGCGGCACCAACUUUCGCGUUUGCUCCGUUACAUUGAACGGCGACAGCACCUUUAACCUGACUUACAACAAAGUCGCUAUUCCCAAGAACCUUAUGGUGGCCAAGACGGCGAGAGAUCUUUUUGCUUUCUUGGCUAAACAAAUUGAGCUCUUCCUCCGAGAGCACCACAGAGAGCACUUUGAGAGCGCCACCUCCCGUCGCAACACGACUAGCUUCCCUGAGGGCUACCACGACGAGCAGAUUUUCCGCCUCGGCUUCACAUUUAGCUUCCCCGUACAACAGCUCGGUAUCAACAAGGGCAAUCUCAUCCGGUGGACCAAGGGUUUCGACAUUCCGGACGCAAUUGGCAAGGAUGUCUGCAAGCUUCUCCAAGAUGAGAUUGACCGACUUCACCUCCCCGUCAAGGUCGCUGCUUUGGUCAAUGAUACCGUAGGAACCCUCAUGGCUCGUUCGUACACAUCCACAGGAAAGCACCGUUCUCUUCUCGGCGCCAUCUUUGGCACUGGAACAAACGGCGCCUACAUCGAGAAGACCUCAAACAUUACCAAGCCCAUCAAGGGCGAGUACGAUGCCUCAACUGGUGAAAUGGUCAUCAACACUGAGUGGGGUUCAUUCGACAACCAACUCAAUGUUCUCCCUACCACCGUUUGGGAUACCGCGCUAGAUCGAGACAGUGUUAACCCCGGCAUCCAGAUGUACGAAAAGCGUGUAUCCGGCAUGUUCCUGGGUGAGAUUGUGCGACUAGCGGUUGCCGACAUGAUGAAGGAUGACGAGACGUCCCUUUUCCGCGACACAAACUCCAGCACCAAUGACUGGUCGACGACAACGAACCUUAGCCCCAAGUCUGGCCUCCUGUUCCAGUGGGGACUCGACACUGCCGUCCUGUCCGUGGCUGCUGCCGACAACACCCCAGAGCUGGUGGCCAUUCGACAAGAACUGGAGAACACACUUCAGGUUUACACUCCCUCACUGGAGGAUGCUCAGGCAUUCAAGGCUGUCGCCGGCGCUGUUGUCCGCAGAGCUGCUAGGCUCUCAGCUGUCGCCAUUGGCGCCAUUGUUCUCCAGUCAGGAAAGCUGAACGACCCCGCUGAAGAGAUUGUCGACAUUGGCGUGGACGGCAGCUUGGUAGAGCACUACCCCUUCUUCCGGGACAUGAUCUACGAGGCCUUGCGCGCCAUUGACGGCAUUGGCCCCAGCGGCGCAGACAAGAUCCGCAUCGGUAUUGCCAAGGACGGCAGCGGUGUUGGUGCCGCUUUGAUCGCUCUGAUGGCGCAGAAGAUGGAGAAGCCUGGAGACUUCCUUGCUGACCUACGACGAGAUAUCAAGCGCCGCCUUUCUCAGCCUUUCGAGUCUCCUGUCGAAGAAUCAUCAUUGUUGUCCUUCCCAGUCUUGGUUGCCGCCGGCGUUGGAGUUGGUGCGCUUGCCGCAUUUUUGUACAGCAGAUACAGCAGGAAUUAA